UAUAUAUUCUUUCUUCUGUUUCGUGUAACGACUUGCAGGAAAAAACAUCAAAAGGCCAUUGUUGGAUGAGCGGUGAAAAGGGUGAAGAGAAAUGUCAACCUUAGUUUAGUCCUGAAAAAUCUCCCUAAUCCUCGUAUUUGUCUGACCUCGGCCAUGUCUCCCCAGAAUUAAGGAUCUCUCCCAUAUUCCUCCUUCCCAUUCUCCAUAUCUCUUGCAUUAUCCCAUUUUCCAUUUUGUUCUUCCUUGUUUCGCCCCAAGCUCCUUUGGCUGUCUCCCUCUUUCAGGACAUCACCAUGGUAAUCUCUCUGUUUCUUUCCUCUGUUUUUCUAUGAUAAUGUUUCCAUCCAUCUGGUUCUAUGUUCAUGUUGACGUCUGUUGUUGUUUUAUGUUAAUCUGUGGGGGGGCAUUAUGGAUAGGCGAACUCAGCAUCGGGAAUGGCAGUCCAAGACGACUGCAAGCUGAAGUUUCUGGAACUAAAAUCAAAGAGGAACUACAGGUUCAUCGUGUUCAAGAUCGAGAACCAGCAGGUUGUUGUGGAGAAACUGGGGAGCCCCGAGGAAACAUACGAGGAUUUCACCAAGUGCCUCCCUGCCAACGAGUGUCGUUAUGCUGUCUAUGACUUCGAUUUUACCACUGAUGAGAACUGCCAGAAGAGCAAGAUCUUCUUCAUCGCAUGGGCACCUGACACAUCGAAGGUGAGAAGUAAGAUGGUGUACGCGAGCUCGAAAGACAGAUUCAAGAGGGAACUCGACGGGAUUCAAGUAGAGUUACAAGCAACCGAUCCCAGCGAAAUGAGUCUUGACAUUGUCAAAGGCCGAGCUCUUUAGACACAUACUCCGGCAUCACAAGUUGUCUAAGUCUUUCUAUAAUGCUACAGACUUAUAUACUUUCACCCACUCACCACCAUUGAAUUCAUUCAUUGUGGAGCUUCUCUCCUCUCCUCCCCUUACCCCUUCCUACUUGUCCCGCCAGCCAUUGUUUUCCUUUUUCUUUUGUGUUGUUCAUCAAUUGGGUUUAGUUAUAUUUUUCUCGGGGAUCCCUUUGUUUUAUGGUUCCCAUGAGUUUCUUAUACUGAAAAGCAAGCAAGCAUCAUCUAGUCUGAUGUAAUUUUUCAUUUUGUCAUGUUAUACAUACUCUCCUUUUGUCAUCAAAGUCGCUUCUCUAGCUAUAAUGUUCUUAUUGCAUUUGCUGGUGAAGAAAGAAAACCAG